AUGGGCGAUUAUUACGAUUCCGACGAGGGUAAGCCUACCACUGGCCGUAUUUCCCUAGCUUCCUGGGUAGAGCUGCUAGACCCUCUUUCGCCCACUGCACAAUCCUACUAUCUUCCACGCCGAUACUUUAACAGUGCUACGCAGCGGAUUAGAAGCACCAAGACGCGUCAAAAACUGGCCAAACUACGAACCACCGCACAGGACUUGACCCCACAAUUGGAUGAGUUCAAAAAACGCACUUUUACACGUCUGCAAUCCCUCGAUAAACCUCUAGAGACCCUUUUCUUUCAUAAGAGCUCGUAUUUGGAGAAGUGGUUCUAUCCUUUUACGCUCAUCAACAUCUUCGGAAUAGGUUUCAUUAUAGGGAAGUAUCCGGAAUGGUUUCACGUAUACUACACCAUGAUGCUUGUGCUUCUAAUGCCAGUGCGUUACUACACUUACUACAAGACCAACAGUCACUAUUAUAUGGCUGAUCUGUGCUAUUACGUUAAUGUGAUGUGUCUACUUUUCAUUUGGGUAUGGCCCACCUCUGUUCACCUGUACCAAAGCUGCUUUGCAUUCACUUUUGGUACUUUAUGUUUUGCCGUCAUUACAUGGAGAAACUCGCUCGUUAUACACUCAGUUGACAAAAUAACGUCGUGUUUCAUUCAUAUCAUGCCACCCCUCACCAUGUACACCAUACGACAUGGCAUCGAUGAGAGUCUAAAGUUAGACCGUUUUCCUGCAGCUUCUUUGAUUGCUUCCAAAAAAUGGAACUUGAAAUACAACAUAUUCUGGACUUCGCUUUACUAUCUUGUCUGGCAAAGCGCAUACCACUAUUUUAUAACCUUGCGUCAAUCUUCAAAGAUCAAAUCUGGUCAAAGGGUUACUAGUUUUGAGUAUCUCACUUCCCACCAGUUUAAGAAUUUUUGGGCGGUAAAGUUGCCGGAUCCUUGGCCAUUGGUUUGUUACAUUCUUAUCCAGUACUGCUAUCAACUGGGGACCAUGAUGCUAUGCGGUAUAUGGUUUCAUCACAGAAAGGCUGCGGCUGCAUUCCUGAUGUUCAUAUAUUUGUGUGCUGCAAGGAAUGGGGCGACAUACUACAUCGACCAUUACGGUAAGAAGUUUGAAAAAGAGGUCACCAAAUUAAAGCUUGAAAUUCAAGAUUUGCAACAAGAGCUCGAUCAGAAACCUGGCUCCGUUUGUAACGAAAGUGAAGUUCACACAUUGUAA